AAAUGUUAGAGCUACCUGCAAAUGAAGGCCUGCUGCUGCCUCACGACUUCAGAUAAAGGUUUUUGCUUCAUACGAGGGUUUCUUUUCCACUGGUAUGAAGUCUUUGCAGUAAAAGAGCCCAUGUCACCCAAGGAGACAAAUCAGUUAUGGUUGAAGGGACCUUGGAAAGGAAAUUGAUUGACUGGAUCUCUUGUUGGAUAUUCAAACCCAUUUGCAUUUCAAGAUGAGUACCUGCAGUUUGAAUGAGAAAUUUAUUUCAAUGCUCUCAAGGAAACGAAGACGUGAUGAAGAUGUCAUUGCUCUGUCUGGUCUGACACAGAGGUUUUCUGAAGUUGUGAAAAGAUUCCAACAUGAAGAUCUCCUCAAAAUAACUGAUUAUUACAAGCCACAGCUGACUUAUGUGAUUGAAUAUGACAUUACAAGCAUCCUACAGAAUCUGGUCACCAAUCAAGUUCUUAAGAAUGAUGACGCGAAGAAAUAUAAAUUUGCAGAAACAUCUGACAGGCAAGUGAAAGUGGAGACAUUCAUCAGUGAUGUGAUGAACAAGGAUAAAGUUGUGCUGAUCAGCCUAUGGGAGGCACUUGCCCAAGAACUUGUGAGAUUUCCUUCACCAAACCUGACAAGAAUAUUGGAGGAGGUGACAAAGGGUGGAACAGACCUCAUGGAGGAAAUUCAGGCCAAUAUCCAGCCCCCUUACAUUGAGGAUUAUAUUAAAGGCCUCUAUAAGACACACAAAGUCGAUGUGUCUAAAUCUACAGUAAGUCUGGAGGAGCAGCCUACUCCUGGAGAUCCACGCACCAGGGCUGUGGACUUUGAGAUUCGAUACACAGAGCUGUUAGUCAUUAAUCAGUACAGACGAACCUAUAGUGAGACUCACCAUGAACUUAUAAAGACUGGGAAGAGUCAUGCAGAGCUUGUGGAGGACCAAGUAAAGGAGAAAUGUGAGCGAGUCUGGACUCAGCAGCUUUUUAGAAAGAACCCUGAAAGUGAGACUUUCCCCCGCAUCGUAGUUGCAAGUGGAGUGGCUGGAAUUGGGAAGACCACAAUGGUCCAGAAGAUCAUGUUUGACUGGGCCAGAGGUACUCAGUAUCAGAAAUUUGCUUUUGUGUUCUUGUUUAAAUUUAGAGAGCUCAACCUCCUUGACUCAGAGACAGAACCACAGAUUGCUUUGACCAGGAUGAUUGUAAGACACUACAAACAUCUCAAUGACACAAGACUUAAAGAAAUCCUAAAAAAAACUGAAUCUCUCCUCUUUAUAUUUGAUGGCCUUGAUGAGUACAAACACAAACUGGACUUCACAGAAAGAAAACUUUGCUCAGAUCCAGAUGACUACUUUCCGGUCCACAUAUUGGUCACUAGUUUGGUCAGUGGGACAUUACUGAAGGGCUGUUCAGUCCUGAUCACAAGUAGACCAACAGCCCUAGAGGGUCUGGUUAUGGAGAAAGUUGACCGAUUUGUAGAGAUCCUGGGGUUCUUCCCUGAUCAAAGGCUGAUGUUCUUUAAGAAGUUUUUUGGUGACUCAGAUUUGGGUACUGAGGUUUUUCGUUAUGUGGAGGAGAAUGCCAUCUUGUAUACCAUGUGUUUCAACCCCUCGUACUGCUGGAUUAUCUGCUCUGUGCUGAAGAGCCACUUCAUGACACCUGAAGAAGAGCGAGGAGCCGCCCCCAGAACUAUCACUGAACUCUUUGUGAUGUUCCUUCAUAACAUCCUCACCAAUCACAAACGAGAAGCUGAGAACCAGAGGGAGAUAAUGUCCAAAUUGGGAAAGAUGGCUUAUUAUGGAGUGGCUAAUAGGAUUUUUGUGUUUUAUGACAAAUUUGAAAUAUCCAGCUUUGGCCUCCAUUCAGAAUUGUCUUCUCCAUUCCUUUCUGGGUUCCUUAAAGAAAUUCUGCAAAGAGAAAGCACUCUGGAGCACACAACAUACACAUUCUUCCACCUCAUCUUACAGGAGUUUGUGGCUGCUUGCUCUUUCUACUUUGAUCCAUCAGCAGGUGUUGAGGAGCUGCUUAUUAAACUGGACUCCUGUAAAGAUGGCCGGUUUGAGAUCUUCAUUCAGUUCCUGGCAGGACUGGCAAGGUACUCUGUGUUUAAAAUAUUGGGUGGAAUCCUGGGGGAGUUUAAAAGGAAGACUGCAGUGACGAUCCUGGAGUGGGUGAGGCAAAAAGCUGAACAAGCUUUUCAAGGCCGAGAUAAAAGAGAAGCUCUGCGAGUCUGCCAGUGGCUCUAUGAGAUACAGAAUCAGAAGUUAACCAGAGAUAGCAUUGGGAAGAAUUUAAAGCUGGACUUUAGUAACACAACUUUGUCUCCUUUGGACUGUGCUGUGGUGGGCUCUGUCAUUCACUGUUGCACAGAACUUGAGCAGUUGAACUUGGCCAGCACAAAUCUCACUCCAGAAUGCAUCAAGAGACUAACACCUGGUCUCAGCUGCUGCCGACAUGUCAGGUUGCGCUCCUGUGAUCUCAGAGCUGAUUGUUGUUUACCUCUGUCCUUGGCUCUUUCUACUAAACACUCACAAUUGGCUGUGCUGGAGCUGAGAAAAAAUAAGCUGGAGGACUCAGGAGUGCGUAUCCUGUGUGAGGGCUUGAGGAACAAAAACUGUAAAUUAAAGACACUAAGGCUGAGGUCAUGUGGUCUCACCUCUGGAUGCUGUACAGCACUCUCCUCAGUUCUCUGUACUGAACAUUCACACCUGACUGAUCUGGAGCUGGGAGGAAAUAAUCUGGAGGAUUCAGGGGUGAAUCUGUUGUGUGAGGGGCUGAGGAAUCCAAACUGCAAAUUACAGAGACUGGGGCUUUGGUUAUGUGGUCUCACCUCUGAAUGUUGUGAAGCUCUUUCAUCGACUCUCUCGACACAAAACUCAUGCAUGACUGAUCUUAGAUUGGAAUAUAAUAAAUUGGACUAUAAAGGAGUUUGUGCACUGUGUGAAGGGCUGAAAGAACCCAGCUGUAAAUUAGAGAAGUUGUGGCUUUAUAGAAAUGAAAUCAGCGAUGAAGAGAAGAGCUCCCUGAAAUCACUACAGCAGGAAUUGAACAGAUCUGGAAAGCAGGUGGAAAUCAUUGUAGAAGACAUUGAGCAUUCAUCUACUAUGUGACCUUCCUGUAAUGGUGCCCCUUCUCAGCUUACUGACUCUUGCAUCAAUAAGGACUUGAAUAAAUUGCUAUUUUUUGGAUCUUUGAUGUUUUAAGGGGCAUUGGCAAAAAUGAUUGCAUUUUUCUCCUUGAUUGUUUAAGUAGUGACAUAAAGUACAAUGAAAACAUGAGUACUAACCCAUGGAGAGCCUUGAGAGUAGCGACGCCCAGUAGGUGGCAUUGGUUUUAUGGUAUAUAUGUUUAAGUUAAUUUCAUUUUUAUUGUAAUGUGUUUCUAAUA